UCCCCACCGGUCUCCUUCAAUCCUCCUGGGGGUCGCGGUCCCUUUAAGUUGCCCGGCGCGGAGGUGGGGCAGAGCCUCCCGGACCGGAAGCUGACUGGGCUCGUCACUUCCUCCCGGAAGCGGGCCUGGGCGGAUGUCUUCGGUGCGUCCGUGCAAGGGGCUGAGGGCCGCGGUGGCUGCCAGCAUGGGGCUGAGCGAGGGGCCGGCGGGCUCCGCCCGGAGAGAGCGUCUCCUUCGCCCGCCGAGCCCCGCUCCGGCGGCGCCGGGGGCUCGGCUGCUGCGGCUCCCGGGGAGCGGGGCCGUGCGGGCCGCAAACCUGGAGCGCGCCGGCUGGACCGAGGCGCUGCGGGCCGCCGUGGCCGAGAUGCGCGCCGGCGCCGUGGUGGCCGUCCCCACUGACACGCUGUACGGCCUAGCCUGCUCGGCGAGCUGCUCGGAGGCACUAAGCGCCGUGUACCGCAUCAAGGGCCGCAACGAGAUCAAGCCGCUGGCCGUAUGCCUGGGCCGCGUGGCCGACGUCUACAGGUACUGCCAUGUGAGAGUACCUGAGGGGCUCCUGAACGACCUGUUGCCAGGACCAGUGACGCUGGUGAUGGAGCGCUCAGAGGAGCUCAACAAGGACCUGAACCCCUUCACUCCUCUUGUAGGCAUCCGGAUCCCUGAUCAUGCCUUCAUGCAGGACUUGGCCCAGGUAUUUGGGGGACCACUUGCUCUCACCAGCGCCAACCUCAGCUCCCAGGCCAGCUCUCUGACGGUCGAGGAAUUCCAAGACCUCUGGCCUCACUUGUCUUUGGUCAUUGAUGGGGGACCAAUUGGGGAUGGCCAGAGCCCUAAAUGCCGACUAGGCUCAACUGUGGUUGACUUGUCUGUACCUGGAAAGUUUGGCAUCAUUCGUCCUGGUUGUGCCCUGGAGAGCACUACAGCCAUCCUGCAGAAGUAUGGGCUGUUCCCCUCACCCUCACCCUGAUCCUGCUCCUGAAGCUCCUGAGGAGGGAGGGCCCAAGGACUGGUGCUGGACACUAUGUGUCUGUCUUCUGGUGGCUGGCAAGGCCUCAUUUGCAGAGGCCGCUGGGGCUACAGUGUUACUAGUCUGCCUUUUCAAGGCAAAGUUUCUUUCCCAACACUGCAGACCCGGCCUCUGAAGCUGCUGGUUAAGCUCACGCCUUGGUUGGAGAAGUUUGAUGUAUUAUCUGUAAUUUCAUGUAUCAGCCAAAAGCUGAAUAGACUUGAAGAACAUUCCCAGGAGGGCCUUGUUUUGAUAAGUUUCUUCUUCAGAUUUUUGAAAAAUAAAUAACAAAUUUGGAAUCAA